GAUCUUUUUUUUUUCACAAAAUUUAUCCUUUGUUUUUGUAGUUUUUAAAAUAUAUUUUAGAUAAAAAAUGAAAUUUAAAUGGAGGUUGAUGUGUUUUUAUUUUAUAACUGUUCUUGGAAUAUUCGUCUAUCUCAAGGGAUUUUUUCCAGUCAAGAUUUCCAGAGUUGGUUUCAGUAGUGAAGAUGAUAUUCCUCCUGCACCAUCUGAUAGUGAUAUAUUACUUCAACUCAGUAGUAUGGAUUUCCAUUCUCCUGAUAACACUCCUACUGUCAAAUCAAAAGAUCCACUACCUAAGAACUUCACAAAGCUUGUAUUGGUCGUGAUCAAUGGCCUUCGUGAAGAUUUUGUUUUUGCUUCUCAUCAUUUGCACAAUUUACCAUUUAUACACAAAUUAUUACUCGGAGGUGAUGCAGCAGGUUUUAUUUCAAGAGCUGAGGCACCUACAUUGACAAUGCCUAGAAUUAAGGCACUUAUGACAGGCAGUGUUCCAGGUUAUGCUGACGUUAUUUUAAGUCUCGAUGCCGCAAAGGAAUUAAAGGAAGAUAAUUUUAUCAGGAAUGCAUUUUCAGCUGGAAGAUCUAUUGUAUUCUAUGGUGACGACACAUGGACUAGGCUACAUCCUGGGAAAUUUAAAAGACAAAAUGGUGUCAGCUCUUUCUUUGUGACUGAUUAUACAGAGGUUGAUAAAAACAUCACACAACAUGUAAAAACUGAGUUGAACUAUCCUGAUCAUUUUGAUAUGAUGAUUUUACAUUAUAUUGGACUUGGACAUAUCGGCCAUAUUGCAGGAGCAAAAAGUCCUCUGAUUGACUCUAAACUCAAAGAAAUGGAUUUUGUAAUUCAACAGAUAUAUGAAACAUUGCAGAAACAUGAUGCUGAGAAAAACUCUCGUAGUCUCAUUGUGGUGACUGGAGAUCAUGGUAUGACAGAUAAAGGUAGUCAUGGAGGAACAACACAACAUGAGAGAAAUACGCCGUUAUUGUUCUUGAGUCCUAAGAUCAGUUUGGAAUCUGAUAUAAGUGAUAUCCCAACUGAAGUGCAACAGAUAGAUCUUACAUCAACAUUAUCAGUGUUGUUUGGUUUACCGAUACCAAGAAAUUCAAUGGGCAAACUCAUAACACCUUUAAUACAGAGACUAAGUCCUGCAGAUCAGCUUCAUGUGUUAGAAUAUAACUCGCAUCAUUUACUGACAUUAGCUGGGAAGACUGGAACUCUUGAUAAAGAACAGUUUGGAUUUGCUAACCCUCUCCAACUAUAUGGUGAAGGACUUCUCUCUCAUGCUACUUAUCUCCAACAUCAAGAUAUUGCCGACAAUAAAUUUGAAGAUGCAAAAAAAUCCUAUGUUUCAUCACAGAAGAUUAUAUCUGAUGAAUUGAUGUAUAAUAUUGCAUCGUAUAAUUAUAUGUACAUGGGGAUUGGAAUGGUUUUAACAUGGCUGGGUUAUUUUGCUGUGGCAGUCUCUUGGGGCCAAAUUGUGUUAAUCCAUAAAGCUCCAGCGAACACUGACGAACCUCGAGACGCACCCUCCUCACCCGUAACUUGGGGUGUACUUGCUACGUUGGGUACUAUAGUUCAUGGAAUGAGUCUCUUAUCAAGCAGUUUCCUUGAGGAAGAACAUCAAACUUGGUAUUUUUUGACAACAACGUUUCUGGCAAUCCUGUUUUGUAGUGUUAUUAUGGAAAUUGUUGGCAAAAAACUUGGAAUGGCUGAGACUAUUCAGAAAGGAUUUUUUUCUAGAAAAAAAUCUUCACCAGCCCGCAAAAUUCGAGAAAAAGAAGAGUCUAUGGAACUUUUACACCGAGCUAAAUCAGAUGAAUCUGUCGACUCAACUUGGGAUUUUGUUGAGUUGGAAACAGCCACUGAGGAGUUUACUUUCGACAAAACAAAGAAGGGUCCUCAAAAUGAUUCAGACAUGCACAUUGUUGGAGUUUUAAUAGCAAGUCUUAUUGCACAUCGAGUACUUCGAGCUUGGAACAGAACAGGCAUACAGUAUGUUGAUCUACCAGAUAUUGGUGAUUGGCUCAACAGGCCUGAUAACAGCCCAAUACUGGGGCUGACCCACUUAAUCAGUCUUAUCAGUAUCGCCCUUCUACUAGAGAUGAUAACGAAUGGAAAAGAUAUCUGGAGAAGGGGUGUGGUGUGGGUUGGACUCGGUUGUGUGUUCUGGUACAGAAGCGCUGUGAUGCGGGCAUUGAGGGGUGAAGAAAUAUCAAAUGGAGACCACGCUAUUGGCUUGUUACCGGCUUUGCUGUCUUACCUAUCAGUUGUGUUAGUUCUUGGAAGAGGAAUAUUUUUGAAAUCAAGAAAGAUAUCUGGGACUAAAACAAUGGACUACAUCAUUUCAUCAGUCAUAUUGUUGAGUUGUUUGCUUUUACGUCCCCACAACGUUUGGGCAUUAGUCAUCAACCUCUAUUUGUAUUGGUCAGUUUUUCGUCUGCUCUGGCCAAUCGUGGAGGAGGAUUCUACUUAUUCAAAUUUACAAAUUGGGAAAAUUGUCCUCAGGACUACACUGUGUUACUGGUUUGGACAAAUGUCCUAUUUCAGUUUUGGUAAUUCCAACAGUCUAGCUUCUAUAGAUGUCUCCUCUGGUUUUGUUGGAAUGUCACAUCAUACUGGAACACUGGAAGACUCAAUUGUUAGAUGCUUGAUUAUAUUUACUACUUAUAUUGGACCAAUGACUUGGACAAUGCUUUGUCUAGCGGACAGCGUAGACGUCACUUUACAAAAUUCCACUUCGAAGCAAUAUUCUAGACCGGCGUUGUUAGCUGUAUUCUCUACGUUUGCAUUUCUUCGUAUCACACCAGCUGCGUUUUAUCUCAUUCUUAUCACAGCCAUGAGAUAUCAUCAAUUUGUGUGGAGUGUGUUUGCUCCUAAGUUACUAUUUGAAACUGCUUCUACUGUCAUUUAUGGUGCCAUGUUGCUGGCUGCUUCCAUAGCUGCUAAAUGGAUAACUUGACCGAUUGUCUCAAUUUCACACACAAUAUACCAAUUUGUUCAAUACCAUCUAUCUUUAUGGUUACAAUGCAUUGAAAUGGCCAAUUUAUACCAUAUUUUUUAUACAGCGCGACUCAUUCACCCUCAUAUGCCAAACAAAGCACUGGACAAGAAAGCGCAGAAAUCUAAAAAUAUGUAGGGAGCUGCCAUUUUGGGCUAUUCAUACAAAGAUGGCGCACAACCUGCUAACCCUAACCUGGUACACACACUAGGUUCAGGUUGUGCGCCAUAUUGGUACAAAUAAUACGGGAACACCCCAUUUUGUAGGGAUCAGAAUCUUGGACUGGUAACCAGAAAAGUUUACUGUAUAUUUUGUUUUAUAUUUUAUAUUAUUGACCUCGUCGUAGCAAUAGAUGGUUUAGUAUUAGCUGUUCUACUCUCCUAUCCCAUUUAUUAUGAAUUUCUCAUUUUACUUUGUAGCUCUCAUAUAUCGAAGCUUUGCGGUAAUAGUGUUGUAUGCAUGUUGUUGAGUAUAGGUCACUGAUAAUGUGUUGAUAAGCUGCCCUCAAUUUGAAGCUGUUUUGCAGGAAUCUUCAGAAUGGCCAAGUUUUCUAUUCAUUGGUCCCAAUACUAUGCAGUGAUUUGUUACAAAGUAGAAAUUUUAAUGAUGUUGUUUUAAUACAUUUCGCUUACACAGACAUUUUCUCAAGCUAACACCUAUUGUUAUUCAACAAAAUGGAGUAACAUUUGCAAGGAUUUAAUGACUGGGCAUAAGAGAUCCAGUUCACUUUUUGGCAACUUGAACAACAAAACACAAGUGACUCCGCUUUUUUCAAAGACCCAUGUAAUAUUUGUUACACUAAUUUCAGAAGAUAUUAACCCGAUCCAAUAUUGGUGUUUCAAAUUCCAAUGCCAGUGAUCUGGGUGGAUUUGAGUUACACAUUUGCAAAGUAGUUUUUAGUUGGUUGUUAAAUAUUGUUUGUAGUUGUUAUUGUUUUAUUUAUUUAGACAGAAAUUAUAAGAUGCAAUUUUUCUAAUGGUGUUCUUCAUCUAUAAAACCA